AUGCAGAGACUCAGCAGCUGCGUCGCACAGAGAAGACGAAUUAGUUUAUCGAUAUUAGGCCAUAUGUUUGAUAUAUCGCAUCUCUUGGUUAUUUUCGUUGUUUUUGUUUCUUUUCCUUCGACGCAAGCAGCGGUGGCUGGGAACAGCCUUGAUGACCGGGUUUUCAACAGCAACAACUGCUCAGCAGCCGAUGGCUUGAUACCAGCGAGGCAUGGUGACAACGAUGGGGAAUACCCUUUCUUGGUGCGAAAGAUGUCAGACAACCCUGGACAGAAGUUCUUCGCUCAUUACUGGCGGCUGGGUAACUCGGACAGCAACAUCGUUUCUUCAGGUGAAGAGGCGGAACAUUCCACAGACGGGACAUCGUUGAAUGCUAGAUCGCCUCUUCUCCUGCGUCAUCAUCCGCUACCUGGAGUUGGGCGAUCAGUGCUUGGGAAACGAGGCUUUGAGUGUCCGGCCGGAAGUGCUCCGUGUACAUCAAUAAACCGACCAAAGAGCUGUUGUCAAACGGGAGAUGUCUGUCUAAUCGUAAAGGACACUGGAUUAGGCGAUGUUGGCUGCUGUCCCAAGGGCCAGGACUGUUCAGGUCAACUAAUCUCAUGUCCUAAGGGAUACGCUACUUGUCCGGCCAACCUGGGCGGUGGUUGUUGCACACCGGGAUAUACCUGUGUGGCUGAAGGUUGUCUGCUCGUCUCAACUACUACGAUUAUAGUUACGCUGUCAUCAUCCACGAUAACGACGGUAUCAACUAUCAGCCAAACUACUGUUGCUCCACCAGUACCGCCUCCGUCGCCAACUGCAACAGCACCGACAAUUUUGCCGCCUGGCCGUCCCACUUCGAACCCAUCGACUUCUACCGCUAGCAUCCCGGAUCUAUGUCCCAUUGGGUUUUAUGCAUGUAGUGCUGUAUAUGGCGGUGGAUGUUGCCAAACAGGGCGGAACUGCGAAACAACCUCUUGUCCGGUUACUGCAUCUCUGACCACAGUUGAAAGCAAUGGAGUCACUGUUGUGAUUCCCGUUGAAACUACCCCUACCUCAGCCCCUGCUACGCCCACCCGGAGGUGUGCGGAGGGAUGGAUGAGUUGCGCACCAAGUGAUAGUGGAGGGUGUUGCCCGAAUGGAUAUCAAUGCGGCCAGGUUAGCUGCACUGCAUCGGCUACAAACAUUGGGACUGCAGUGAUCGGUAAAGCGCAGCCAGGUAAUUCUGGUAAUCGGCUUGCGCCGAUGAUGUAUGCAUGGAAUAUAGGCCUGAUGAUCUUUGGCUUUUUGCUGUGGGUGGACAUCUAA